CGGUCGUAUCGCCUCGUCGCGUUUACACCUUCGCGAGAGCGACUAUCGAGAAAGAUAUAUCGCGCGCGCGCGCGUAUAAAGCGAACAUUAAGCGCUGUAUGCCUAUGGAACGCGCGUGCUGCGACCUCGCGUGCCCGCGGCCGCGAAAAAUCGUUUCAUGUGACUCCGACAGCGUGCCGCGCAAGACACUCGCACUCGAGCUUCGAUUCAGCUUGGACGGCUCCUGCAUCAGCUGCUGUCAAAACAAGCAAGAUUCUGCGACCAGUGUGCGUAGCGCGUUUGUUUGAACUUGCGCAUGUGGAGGUGAGUUCGCAAGUGCUGAUCUGUUUGUCGGGCAAUUAUGCAGUUGCCGUACAAGUUCAUGAUGAUUCUUGGAGGUGUUGCGAUCGUGUGCUUUCUCGGUUAUGGGACACUGGCAUGGGGCAAGGCGAUACCGUUGCCGCCGCAUAUCGUUAUCAUACUGGCCGAUGAUAUGGGUUGGAACGACGUCAGUUUCCACGGUGCCAAUGAGAUUCCAACGCCGAACAUCGACGCUUUAGCUUAUAACGGCGUGAUAUUGAACAAGUACUAUACGAUGCCGAUUUGUACGCCAUCGAGAUCGGCUUUGAUGACUGGCCGGUAUCCUAUUAGAGAUGGAAUGCAGGGUACGCCAAUGAGACCAGCCGAGCCUCGCGGUAUACCCCUGAACGUGAGCCUUAUGCCGGAACAGAUGAGGAGACUGGGCUACGAAACGAGACUCGUGGGCAAGUGGCACCUCGGUUACACGACCGAAGACUACACGCCGGUCCGUCGCGGCUUCGACACUUUCUUCGGCUAUUACAAUGGAUUUAUCAGCUACUACGAUUACUGGAUCGGAUGGAACGAUACGAACGAGGUCACAGGUUACGAUUUGCAUCGCGACGAAUCGGACAGCUUCGAACUUGCCCACAGUUCCGAGUACUUCACAGACCUGAUCACCGACGAAGCUGAGAAGAUCAUACGAAAUAAUAAAAACGCAAAACCACUGUUUCUUGAAAUUUCUCAUCUGGCGGUUCACGCCGGCAGUAAGGUCCACGAUGAUCCACUGGAAGUUCGUCGUACAGAUGACGUUAACGCAAGUUUUCCUUAUAUAGAGGACUAUCAGCAUCGCAAAUAUGCUGGAAUGAUGGCGGCUUUGGAUGAGUCUGUGGGAAGGGUCGUAAAAGCUCUAAAGGAAGCGGAAAUGUUGGAAAACAGCAUUAUUAUCUUUAUGUCUGACAAUGGCGCGCCCACAGUUGGAUUAUACAAUAACACAGGCUCUAAUUAUCCAAUGCGUGGAAUCAAGGGCGGAAUGUUCGAGGGAGCAGCGAGAGCUGCCGCCUGUAUCUUCUCGCCUCUGAUAAAGGCCCACUCGCGGGUGUCCGAGGAGCUCAUGCACAUAGUCGACUGGUUACCGACGCUCUACACUGCGGCAGGAGGCAACCCGAUGGACCUGCAGAGCCAGUUUGACGGAGCUCUUCCUUUGGACGGCGUGAGCCAGUGGAGCAGUAUCGUCGCUGGUGGCCCCUCCUCUCGGCAAUCGCUCCUCGUCAACAUCGACGAGGCCCAAGGCUUCGAGGCAGCCAUCAUCGGCAGGCACAAGCUCGUCAAAGGUAUGACGAAGGAAGACGGAUACUACGGGAAUAGUGGCAACGAUCCUUCUUUCCCGGCUUACAACGUGAAGAAGGUGUUGUCAUCGACAGCUGGUGCGUCGAUCGGUAAGCUAGCCGGUUUCGCGAGUCCGUCAGCACGCAGGGCGCUAUGGCUGCGCCAGAAGAGCGUGAUAACGUGCAAACCGUUCACUUCGGCCGCUAAUUGUUCCGGCACCUGUCUCUUUGAUCUGUCGAAGGAUCCUUGCGAGACGAGGGACUUGUCGAGCAAACUACCUCUGAUUGUCAAGAAGUUGGAGUCGUUUCUCGGGGAAUAUCGAAGAGUACUGAUGCCGCAAACAAAUUCCCCUCAAGAUGCGUGCGGGCUACCGAAAUAUUUCAAUGGCGUCUACAUGCCUUGGAGAACGAUAGAAUUCGAUAACGUGUUUGGUUUAACGAAUUCGACCACGUGCCAUCGUCCUCUGAACAAUUCCAUCUGAUUCUCACUUAUUCUAUUUAUAAACGCAAUAAACUACGGUCGUAUUGUUGUACUUUUUUCUUGGAUGUACUUGCUUCAAUGAUUUUUCUUAUAGGCAUUAUACUCUUUGACAAAAGAGAAACUGGUACAAGCAUGCGAUUUGUGGUUGCAUCAAAUUAUUCUGCCUGUGUAAUUGGUAUCGUUUGCGCAAAAUAGAACCUGUAAAGCUCUCCGAGUCUUUCAGCCCACAAGAA